CUCUUCCUCUGUGUCUUCUCUCUGUAGAUGCAUAAACCGCCUCCUCCCAGGUGUCCGAACGAUUUCUAACGUACACUCAUCAUCAUUGUCUUCCGAGAUCCCGUUCCUCUGCGUCUCUUCAAAUCAAGAAAAACUAGUUUCGGCUUCUCCUCUCAUGUUUUCCACUCGUGUGAUAUCCGUCCUUGACUUUGCGGCAUUGGGGAGAUAGCACGAUCUCUCUCAGUUUUCCAAUCAUGGAGAAAUCUUCUUGGUCUUUGGUUGUUUCGGUUCUUCUAUGCUUUUUCGCAGUUGGUUGUCUCUCAAUUGACGAUCUUCACCGAGCUUUUCCGAUCGUGGAACCUGAUCCUGGUCAUACAAAACUUCGUCUUUCACAGGAGGGCCUGGAAGCCUUAAGAAGGAUAACAACCCCAAUUGUAGCUGUUUCUGUGAUUGGUCCAUACCGCUCCGGAAAAUCUUUUUUGCUUAAUCAGCUUCUUUCGCUUUCUUGUGAUGAAGGGUUUGGUGUUGGACAUAUGCGCGACACAAAAACAAAAGGGAUCUGGCUUUGGGGAACCCCACAAGAAGUGGAGAUUGAUGGUGUAAAGACUUCUGUUUUUUACCUUGAUACUGAGGGUUUUGAAAGUGUGGGGAAGUCAAAUGUAUAUGAUGAUCGGAUAUUUGCGCUGGCAACUGUUUUGAGUUCUGUUCUUAUUUACAACUUGCCUGAAACGAUUCGUGAAGCGGACAUAUCUCGGCUGUCGUUUGCUGUGGAGCUUGCUGAAGAAUUUUAUGGAAGGGUGAAGGGUAAAGAUGUUGCUUUUGAACCUGCAAAGCUUUUGUGGCUUAUUCAGCGUGAUUUUCUACAAGGGAAAACUGUGCAAGAAAUGGUGAAUGAAGCUCUUCGCCAUGUACCCAAUAUAGACAGGGAUAGAAACAUUGAGCAGGUUAACCAGAUCCGGGACUCCUUGGCUGUCAUGGGUGAUAACAGCACUGCUUUUAGUUUACCUCAGCCUCAUCUCCAGCGAACAAAGCUUUGUGAGAUGGAGGAUAGCGAGCUUGAUCAACUAUAUGUUAAGAAAAGGGAUCAGUUGAAAGAACUUGUUGCCAGUAUUAUCCGUCCGAAGAUUGUGCAGGGGAAACCUUUAAAUGGAAAGGAGUUUGUAGCUUUCCUGGAGCAGAUUCUUGAAGCCUUGAAUAAGGGGGAGAUCCCCACAACAGGGUCCAUUGUGGAGGUUUUCAACAAGGGGAUUCUUGACCAGUGUUUGAAGCUAUACAGUGAGAGGAUGGCAAGAUUGGGUUUACCCCUGCCCGAGCAAUCUCUACGAGAUAGCCAUGGAAGGUCUAGAGAGGAAGCUAUGCAAAUGUUUGAUGAACAACACUUUGGUCAUAGCCAUGCAAAGAAAUCAGUAAUGCAACUGGAUGAAGAAAUAGAAAAGCUAUAUAAAAAUGUAAUUUUGGCCAAUGAAUAUACAUCUUCAAAGCUUUGCGAGGCACUAUAUACCGGAUGUGAGGACAAAAUGGACCACCUUCAAGUUCUUAGACUUCCUUCCAUGGCAAAAUUCAAUGCAGGUUUCUUGCAUUGCAAUCAAAGUUUUGAACGGGAGUGUGUUGGGCCUGCUAAAGCAAAUUAUGAGCAUCGAAUGAUGAAGAUGUUGGGGAAAUCUCGAUCAUUAUUCAUCAAGGAGUACAACAACAGGCUCUUCAAUUGGUUGGUGGCCUUUUCCCUUGUCAUGGUGGUAAUUGGCCGAUUUAUCAUAAAGUUCUUUCUGAUUGAAGUCGGGGCAUGGAUACUUUUCAUCUUCUUAGAGACAUACACAAGAAUGUUUUGGUCUGCAGAAUCUCUUUAUUACAACCCAGUUUGGCACAUUAUUGUAGGCACUUGGGAAACACUUGUUUACAGCCCUAUCCUUGAUUUGGACAGAUGGGCUAUUCCCCUUGGUUUUAUAGCAGCAGCAUUGGUGAUUUACUGUCGGUGUUAUGGGAGAAGGAAGCAUGGCUCACAUUGGAUUUUACCUUUGUACAACACUCAUAAAGGGGGCCCAAAUCGGCCACGCUCAGACUAAAUGAACCGCGGCUUGGUCAUUAGGAUUUCACAUACAUGUGGUUCGACAAUCUUGAGCGAGCUUUCGAUUUUUUUUUUCCCACAUACAAGGCUUGCCAGUCAAUUUUUGUUCUGAAAACGCUACUACGCUCAUUCUAAAGAUGCAGGGAUCCGACUAAGAUAGGAGGCUUGGCCGCACUAACAUUUGUUGUUACUAACUUAUCUAAAAAACACUGGUUGUAAAUGUGGCAAUUAUAGAUGCUCUGUAUCAAUAUACAUUACUCUUGAUUAUUUAAUUACGAGAGUUGGAAGAACCGAAGAAGAAUCUCCUCUAAUCGAAUAGAUAUUCAUUGAAAUGAGCCAAUGAUGUAUCUGCUGGGUUGCAGGAUCAUUUGUGCUAAUAAUGUUGUAAAA